GGAUCCUGGUAUUAUGACUGUACUAUCGCGUCCCGUGUUGUGUUUCUGAUCGUUCUGGCAAUAGUUAUCGUGUUCACCGCCAGUAAAGGCAUUCACAUGCAUGCAGAUUCUCGAAUGGGAACCGUAUUAGUGUUUUUGUCUUUAUUCAUGGUCUCUGGAUUGAUUGGAACCUUUAUUCUUGGAAACUUGGUACGGAGACGUGGCCUCCAAUCUCUGGUUAUUUCCAGACGAAAUACAAAAACUCCGAAACUACAGGUGAUUUUUCUCUGGGGUUUUGGCCUGGCGUCAAUAUUGUACUGUUCUCUAUUCGUCGGCAAACAGAUCGAAUGUCUCUUUAACUCUACAUAUUAUGCGUUUUAUUGGUUAGCUUUACUUUGUUUUAACAUUAUAUUGGUGGUGUGUUUAUCUUCAGAAAUGAUUUUCAUCACGUACUUGUCUCCAUUCAAACUGAAACCGACUACGCUUGUGAACUACGUACUGCUUCUGCUUUUAAUCGCCAAUACAUCAGUGAUUUUCUACUUAUAUAUAAUAAAUGAUACAUUUUCGUAUUUGAUAGAAGUUUACCCCAAAACUGAUCUAGCGUCCUGUCUAGAAACAAACAGCACCAUGACCAUUCUGAUUCAUACAUUUCGCCCAUUUCUAACUCCAGCUUUUAUCGAGUUUGCACUUCUCUCGAGUACGAUUCUUCUUGAAAUAUGGUCCACCAAAGAGGUACACCAGUGUGAUAUCGAAUUAUCACGAACAGGUUUAGAUGAUUUAGAGAGGGCGUCUCUUAUCAACGACGUAACAUCGAAUGAACAUCAAAGUUCCAAAAAUGGAAGCAGAAACACAGUGUGUCAAAUAAUAGCAUUGGCUGUUACGUUAUCAGCAGGACUCGGACUCAUCGUUUGUAAUAUAGCUGAGGCGAAGGAAGUAGGAGAUCUCGAGUAUACACGGUACGUCACUCAAGUAUAUGAACUAUCGUUAAACGCUACGAUGAUUGUAGCAACCUUUGUUGGUUUCUUUUGUUUGGUACAGUACUGUACUCCUGACGAAUCGACCAAAGUUCUCAAGGCCCGGGACUAUGCAUACUUACUGUCCGCGUUUGGAGUAUUCAUGAGUCAUAUCUCAGAAGGAAUAGGGGGUGACGUUUCAUCCGAUGAUGAAGCAAAACUGGUCAUGUUUAUAGGAAUCUUAAGCAUAUUCCAGGAUUAUCUUCAAGUGGUGUUUUUACUGUGCGCUAACCGAUGUAAAAAUUCUGACCCCCGAACAAAUCUGAAUUUACUUGAAUCUGUUCUAAUUUUCAUCAUGAUAAGCAACAUGGUCUUGUGGAUUGCUGAUAGUUUUUUUCUAUCUGAAUAUCCAGAGACACGAGUACUAUGGCAUGGCAACUUUCCAUCGGAAUUGGUCUAUAUAGUUUAUAACGUACUAUUACCGGUGUCAGUCUUUUACAGAUUCACCUCUUUCUUGGAGUACUAUGAAACCUUCUGUGUAUAUACAUCCGAGAGACACACACGUAACACCUCUAUGUCUGAGUAGUAUGAACAUUAUACACACCACACCUCUAUUUCCGAGUAGUAUGAACAUUAUACACACCACACCUCUAUUUCCGAGUAGUAUGAACAUUAUACACAUCACACCUAUAUUUCGGAGUACAAAUAUAGCAUGAACAUUAUACACACCACACUUCUAUUUCCGAGGAGUAUGAACAUUAUACACAUCACACCUCUAUUUCCGAGUAGUAUGAACAUUAUACACAUCACACCUGUAUUUCGGAGUACAAAUAUAGCAUGAACAUUUCACACGUCACAUCUAUAUUUCGGAGGAGUAUGAACAUUAUACUCAUCACACCUCUAUUUCCGAGUAGUAUGAACAUUAUACACAUCACACCUCUAUUUCGGAGUAGCAUGAACAUUAUACACAUCACACCUCUAUUUCCGAGUAGUAUGAACAUUAUACACAUCACAC